GGCGGUGGAGGCGGCGGCGGCGGCGGCGGCGCCAGUCUUCCCCGGCGUCCGCGGCGCGCUGGGAGGCCGCUGCGGAGUGAGUUCGCUUCGCCUUGUCCGCUUCCGCCUUUCUCCAGUCGGCCCCGGAACGCGGUCGGGGUGGGGUAAAGCUGACCGCCCCGCUGUGGCUCCGCCUCUUUCCCGCAGUAUCUCCGGGUUCUGUCUCAUCCCGGCAAGGCUCCUGCUCCCACUGCAGCCCCCUGUGAUGGUGUGGUGGCUCGAUUCUCCCAGUGCCUGGCUGAGUUUCGGACGUGGUUAAGAACCAACUGGUUGAGGUUCAAUGCAGACAAGACGGAUGUGAUGCUGUAGAAAAUGUGCAUCAGAUGUUUAUGUUUAAUUGGUUUACAGACUGUCUGUGGACUCUUUUCCUGUCAUAUUACCAGCCAUCUGUUGAGUCUUCAAGUCCAGGAGGUUCAGCAACAUCAGAUGACCAUGAAUUUGAUCCAUCAGCUGACAUGCUGGUUCAUGAUUUUGAUGAUGAACGCACAUUAGAAGAGGAAGAAAUGAUGGAAGGAGAAACAAACUUCAGUUCUGAAAUAGAGGAUCUUGCAAGGGAAGGCGACAUGCCAAUUCAUGAACUUCUCAGCCUUUAUGGUUAUGAUAGUACUAUUCGACUACCUGAAGAAGAUGAGGAGGAGGAGGAAGAAGAAGAAGGUGAAGAUGAUGAAGAUGCUGAUAAUGAUGAUAACAGUGGCUGUAGUGGGGAAAAUAAAGAAGAGAAUAUAAAAGAUUCCUCAGGUCAAGAGGAUGAAACUCAGUCUUCCAAUGAUGAUCCAUCACAAUCUGUUGCUUCUCAAGAUGCCCAGGAAAUAAUCCGUCCACGUCGAUGUAAAUAUUUUGAUACAAAUAGUGAAAUAGAAGAAGAAUCUGAAGAAGAUGAAGAUUAUAUACCAUCAGAAGACUGGAAAAAGGAGAUUAUGGUGGGCUCCAUGUUUCAAGCAGAGAUUCCAGUUGGCAUUUGUAGAUACAAAGAAAAUGAAAAAGUAUAUGAAAAUGAUGAUCAGCUCCUGUGGGACCCUGAGUACUUACCGGAAGACAAAGUGAUUGUAUUUCUUAAGGAUGCAUCUAGAAGAACAGGUGAUGAGAAAGGUGUAGAAGCAAUUCCUGAAGGAUCUCACAUAAAAGACAAUGAACAGGCAUUAUAUGAAUUAGUUAAAUGCAAUUUUGAUACAGAAGAAGCAUUAAGAAGAUUAAGAUUUAAUGUAAAAGCAGCUAGAGAGGAAUUAUCUGUUUGGACAGAGGAAGAGUGUAGAAAUUUUGAACAAGGGUUGAAGGCCUAUGGAAAGGACUUUCAUUUGAUUCAGGCUAAUAAAGUUCGAACAAGGUCAGUUGGUGAAUGUGUAGCAUUCUAUUAUAUGUGGAAAAAAUCUGAACGUUACGAUUUCUUUGCUCAGCAAACGCGAUUUGGAAAAAAGAAAUAUAAUCUUCAUCCUGGUGUCACGGAUUACAUGGAUCGUCUUCUAGAUGAAAGUGAAAGUGCUGCUUCUAGUCGCGCACCAUCCCCUCCCCCAACUGCCUCAAACAGUAGUAACAGCCAGUCUGAGAAAGAAGAUGGCACUAUAAGCAAUAGUAAUCAAAAUGGGGUGUCAUCUAACGGACCAGGUGAAACAUUAAACAAAGAAGACGUGAAAGUUGAAGGGUUACACGUUAAUGGACCAACAGGUGGAAGUAAGAAACCACUUCACACAGAUAUGGAUACUAAUGGUUAUGAAACAGAUAACCUUACCACUGACCCAAAAAUUGCCCAUACGACUGCAAGAAAUGAAAGUGAUUUUGAUGAAAAAAGUGAGAGACCUGCCAAAAGGCGAAGGGUGAACAGCAAUGGAAAAGAAAGUCCGGGUUCUUCUGAAUUUUUCCAAGAUGCAGUCUCACAUGGAAAAUUUGAAGAACUUGAAAACACAGACGACUAAAUUUUAGACUUAUUUUACUUUCUUUGGAGUAAAUUCUGGUGUGACUAAAGUUUUCAGGGUUGAUGGGUUACCUUAAAAAGUUGACUUCCUUGAAGCAGUUGGUUAAAAUUUUAAAAUUUGAAUUGUCCUAACUUUAGUAAAUAAGAUUUCAUAAUUCUGCCUUUUGCAGACUUUUUACUUUAAAAUUGUGAAGGCCCUUUUUUAAGGAUAUAUAACAAAUAGUUUAGUAAAUUUGGAAGAUAUAUCUGUACCUUCUCAUUUGAUGUAUUAAUCCUAAAAUUUCACUACAAGGUACUUUUUGCUUAGUUUGAUGGCAAAGAAGAAAAAAACAAGUUCAAAUUUCUGAUUAACACCAAUUUUUCUGAGUUUCUUGAAAUGUCUUUUAUAACAGACAUUUUUCUUCUCCAUACAAAUUGAGUUAUCAUUAUUAAGGAAACCCUUAUGAAUCCUGAAAGUUAUGCUAGCAUGAUUUUUUUAUAUAUAGAAGUUUAAAAAUAAACCAAGUCAGGUUUGUAUAUGUAAAAUUGUUGACAUCAAUGAUGUCUUUCCAUAUUCUUAUCUGGGCUUAAGAAAUACAUUCUGUAUUUUUCCAGAUUCUUUGUAGCCUUUGGAAGAUUUUUACAGUACAUAUGUCUUGACUGAGCUGUCCUUUCUUAAUACAAAAGCUUGUAUAAUUUUCUUAACUUGUACAGUUGGUAAACUUUUAUGAGAGGAAUUGAUAUUCUGAGUCUGUCAGCUUUCAUUUUAUUUUGCUAAGGUUUUUCUAAUGAAUUUUUAAGUGUUUGUGUAGUAACUAAGUCAUGUUUCUUAUAUCCAGGUGGUAAAAGCAUUCAUAAAGGAUUGUGAACAUUUGUUUUUUUUCAAGUUUCUACUUAAGGACAAAUAGUUUGAGAACUCUGAAAUUAAGCAUGAUACUUAGAUCACAUAGUUUGUUUUGCAUUUGCUAUAAUUUUCAAAAUUAUUUUUGAAGCAAGACAAAAGUUUAAUGUUGGCUUAAGUGCUUAAAUGUAUCAUGCUGACCAGAAUCCUGUUCAGUUAUUUUUAUAUGCAUUACAAAAUUUCCCAUUUUUGCAUUAAAUAAACAGGGGAAAAGGUCAAGUGAUACUUAGAUAUUGGCACACACAAGGAGUUGGCAGGCAACAAUAUUGAUUUUAUGAGGAAAAGGUGAUAAAGUUAGACGUUUUUAGACUUCCAGUUAACAAUCCAGCUUUUCAGAUUUGAUAGUGUAUUUCCAAAGUGAAAAUAAGAUAUUCAGUAACCAUUGCUCUGUGUGAUUACAAAUAGGAUCAUCCAUUUGCAUAGCCUUGCAAUAGUGCCAUUUUAUUUUUAGUGCAAAAUUCUUGUUUUAAAAAUGUAGUUUUAUACAGCUGAUAGACCAACCUAUAUCCAAACUUUUAUAAAAGAUUAUUAACUAUUCUUGUUUUAUCACACAGGCAUACCCCAAAUGCUUCUACUGAUUCAUUUUCAGCCAUCAAAGAGCCAAUGCCUUUUUAAAAUAAAUCUUCUGUGGUCUUGUUUUUAAUGGCUCAACUGUCUAAUGCAAUUGAGUAGAGGUUUGCACUGAGAAAUUAUGGUUUAGGCCUUAUCCCCCGAGAAGUAUUACUAUUAACCUUUGUUCAGACUGCUUCCCUCCACCAAUGUGAACAACUUUUUCUCCCCAAACAAACAGUGUUAAAAGCCACUUUACAACACUUGACUUCAUAUGAUGUAGAUUCACUGUUGUUACAUACAUAUCCAAGUAAAUCAAUGUUUUGGAUGGAAGUGUUGAGAAGCGAGAACUUCUUGUUGUUUUUGUUUUACCUAGAACAUUAAUUUAUCCAGAAUGGCAGCUUUAGCAGAUGGUCACAAUCCAUUUUCUAAAUCAGAUUUUAUUAUACGAAUCCAAAGUAUCCUAGCUCUUUGUCAAAGGUGGUCGAUAGAAAUAGUGAUGAUGAACUUUUUUUAAAUUGUUGUUGCAAUAUUAGAGUUGCCAUUUUCACCUUUUUUUUGAAAGAUGCAUUUUGUUUGCAGGUUUGUGAAGUUCUUGCAGACUAACAUUACAGGAACAUUUUAAAUAAAUUCUCAGGCAUGUUUGCAAAUACGGCACAUGUUGUAUACAUGUUAGGAAAUUUUACUUUUCUUGAUCUUUUUAAAGUACGCUUAAUGAAAGACAUUCCACUAUUAUAAUACAUAAUGCUCAGCUUUUCAUAGAGAAAUAUUUAAUUGUAUUUUAUGUUUAUACAGGUAUUUCACACAGUACUUUGUUCUUCAUAAUGCAGCCACUAUAACUUGAUAAUUCAUUGCACUACUUUAAAAAUUUUUAGUAAUACCAUGCAUUUAAUUCGCUUAAGAAUUAGUACAUUUCAUAACUCUUGAACUCUUGACAAAUUGCAUUGGGAAAAGAAGGCUUCGUUAAUACUUAGUCUCCCUCAGCCCAUACCUACCCCCAGCAAAGCACUAUCUAUCUGUCUUCAUUUGGAAUGGUUUUCUGUUUUAUGAUGUGCUUUCAAAAGAGUUCAAAAUUUGCAACUCAGUUCAACAGUGUUGAGCUUUCAAAUGUAUUUGAAGUAAUAUUUAAAUAGGCAUUUAAAAUUAUGAAUUAGAUGUUUUAAAAUUUAUGCAUAGUAAUUUUGCACUAUUAGGAAAUUCCCUUCCCCUAUUCCCUGUCUGCCAUUCUGAAUAUGCUUAUUAAAAUAUUUUUUUAAACAUAUUUGCCUACAUAAUGCUUUUGUGAAUGAUUUUUAUUAGAUUGAGUAGGUUUUAAUUAUAGAUGUUUGUUAAGUUUGUAUGAUGCACAUUGUUUACAAUGCAAAUAUAUACAACUUCUGUCCCUUCUGCUCAUAGACGAAAUGCGUGAAGUAGUGUUUCGGUGGCUCCUGAUCCCUUUUACCUCAUGGGUAAAUGGGUGGAUGAUGUAUUUUUGUCUUUUUUUUUUCCUCCAGAGAGAUCCUUUGGUCUGUGGACCUCUAUUCACCUGUUUC